CAAGAAGAAGCAAGAGUCCUGAGAAGGGUGCCACACAAGCAUGGGCUGUUGCCAGCGGACCAGAUUUGGUAGACAGAUCCUAUGAGAAACCAUGGUUAAAACACAGCAAGAAGACAAGGUCUAAAGAUGAGGACAGGUGUGAAUCCAGACAAGGUUCAUGUAUUCAGGAUGUAAAUCUAACGUCUGCUCUUCAUAUAUCAAAGAAAGUUCUAUGGCCACGGACGGCAAAGAAACAGCAGAAGUCUGGCUGGAUGUCUGAUACAAAAGUCACGACAACAAGUUUUGAUGAGCUGUUUGAAGAAGAUGCACAUGCUGGUUCCAGGCAGCCAACACAAGGGGGAACCAGACAUAGAAAAGAAGGCGGCACAGAUAUUACAAAAGCGUGGGCACAGCAUGUCAGUUUAGAUGAUAGUGAAGACCCAAACUAUAGAAGUAAAGGUUAUUCUGGUCCUCGUUGCCAAAGAGACGAAAGUGAUCCAUUAGCCGGGGAGAUAAUGCUUGCCAAGGAGGAGAGUACAGUUGAAAGUUCUGUUAGUUUAUUAAAACCAAAGGGAGCAAAACAAGAUGCAGAGAGACAUAGACAAGAUCUGGAGAAGAUAUUACAUGAAUCUGAUAAAGUAUCUAUAGACUCGGGAUUUGAUGAUGUCCGAAACAACGAUGAACAAGAUGAUGCUAUUGAACUGUUGGAGGAUCCAGAAGAUCUAUUGAGGGAGGGUGUGACAAACAUUCCUACAUCUGGAUAUAAACUCAGCAGGAUUCUACGCCAAAGACAAGAAGAUGCCAAUGUAAAGUUAAAUAUCAAUCUAUUUACUGGUACCCCAGCCUCUGACUAUGGGGGGAGCCGAUAUGAUGAUUAUUAUGAGUCAGACCUUGAGAGGCCGCCGACUGGAAUGUCGUUCCAGUCUAACAGGUACUCUGAGUUAUCACCAGACGUCUCCGAUGAUGAGUUUGAAAGUGUUUCACAAGUCGUUGGUCCCAGACAGCCAGUAUGGAGUGUACCAGAUUCAGAUGGGGAGACAUACAGGGUAGAACCUAGCAGGAAAGCUAGACAGACAAAGUUUAGUGCCACUGCACCUGUAAGAUUUGACGAGAAACCACCAUUUCCUAGAAAAUCUGUUGAUACAGAAAAUAUGUUUCUAGAUGGCAGUAAGACAUGGACACCAGGGCAAGAAAGGACUGAGCCAGAAAAGCCUCGUUCUGGUUCACCAGUAAUAGCCCAAGAUACUGUGAGAGAUUCAAUGAGGUCAUUACGAUCUCAAGAUGGUGGUGGCUGGAAUAUUCCCGAUGAUACUGAAGUCUCUUUGGUAACUGACUGGUCAGAAUCAAAGACUACUGGUAGGGCUUCACCUGGGCCUCCAAAAGCAUAUUGAGCACACACACAGAUAGAAUCUACCUUCUUCAACAUGCCGUCCAUUAUUUAUUACUCUAUUAUACAUAUCAAUAGUGACUUACGCAGCCAUUUCUCGUAGUUGUGCAUAAUUCUUUGUAUUGAUGUUUGAUAGGUGAUAUACAUGUAUAAGCUUGUGUUCAAAAUGACAAAUUAAAGAGAACAUUACAUAUAUGUGUACAGAACAUAAUAUAUUGUAAUUAUGUCUAAAUUAUUUUCAAAAAUUGUAAAAUUUGUAAAAUAUAUUGUAAUGUUCCGAUGAUCCAUAAUUAUUGUUUCAUUUUUUAAAUAUUUUAUACAAAUAUGUAAAUUUUAUACAUAAAUACUAAAAUUAUAGAUAAAGAAAAAUAAUUUUUUGACCUAAACAUUUAAUAUAAUCAUGACUUUUGUUAAAAGCUCAUAUGUUUAUGCUAUAUUAAGAAUCAAAGAACCAAUCAAUGGUAAAAAAAUGCAGGUUAAUUAUGUAGCUUAAUAAUGAGUCUUCUGUAGUAAUAGAAUAAAUUAUUUUAUUUUUUUAUUUAAUAACAUAACAUGCUUAGGUAGUUAUAACUAUAUAAUACAUGAUGUUCCAUAUUUAUAUGUCUAUGUUUUGUGUAAAUGUCACAAAGUUAUAGAAAUAAAUGUAAAAAGAAAUGUAAAAUAUUGUAAA